AUGCAGCAUGCAGAUGCAUUGGAACGCAUGGAGUGUGCUCCACAUCCAAUCCACAAAGACUCUCUGGCUGAUGCUUUGUUUCGUGAUCGUGAGUGGUAUGCUGUCAUGGCGAACUCCAAGGCGAAGGCGUUGAAAACUUCUCUGCAGAAGUUGAUGCAAUUUGUGAAUUGUUUGGGUGGCGUGCCCGAUGUCAAGCAUGGUAUGGGCAUCCGAAGCAAUGGCACGACUGAGCUGGAUCGGACAUGGAGUCACGCAGAUACUGGACGAAUUUUUGCGGCACAAAAGCAAUAUUUGGAAUACAUUGCCGGUGCAGAAACUGUGGAUGCUGAUAUGGAGGAUGUUUUUGCGGAGAACAGCUUCACUGAGUUGGAGACCUUGGAUCCUUUUCUGAUGUCAUUGAAUGACCGCAAGCUGUCACCACGGGACUAUGCAAUGGAACUCGUGAAGGAAUAUACGUUGAACAAGCAACAAGUGUUGGCCAUCGCGCCCGUGGUCUGUGCCAUCCAAGACAUGUUUGAGCAUCGUUCCAAUCCGAUGUCUCAUAUUGCCGAUGGCUCCUCCCGUGAGAAGUGCAACUGCUUGUGGCUCGGUGCAGGUGGAUCAGGGAAGACUUGGGCUUACACCAAGGUGAUCCGACCUUUGCUACAACGCUUCUUCGGAAGCAAAGGAUACAUUGUCGGUGCCCCGACGCAUGCCGCAGUUCGUCUCCUUGGACCCGAAGCUCGCACGUUGCACAAGUGGGCCAAUGUCAACCCCAAUCAGGGCAUGGACAGAAAGGACAUCCGCUCCGCCAAGUCCAAGGGGGAUGCCAUUGAAUCGCAGAUCUUGAAUGCCAAGGCUGGAAUCUUCGACGAGAUGUCCAUGACUCCGCCGGAUGUGUACCAUGCCAGUGGGUACAGAUUCUCAAUCUUGCGACAAGAGUCACAGCAGCUGGAUUUGGAGAAAUAUCUGCAAGAGUGGUUCGGUGCUCUGCCGAUUGGCAUCCAAUUGGGCGAUUUCCUUCAGUUGCGUCCAGCCAUGCAAAAGUCGCUUUGCGAGUGGGUGAAGCCAGUAAAUCCCACGAUGGAUGCAACACUUCCAGAUGAAGAUGACGAGUCCAGGGACGUCAGCAACGCGUCCGAGCUUGGAAGGUUGCUGUUCAAGAACUCGCUGGGCAAAGUGGUGCACUUCACCGGCACCGGUCGUUUCUCCGACUGCACUUCUGGAAAGCAACUGGUGGCUUUGUUGUCCAGCAUGCGGAAUGGCACCGAGAUCCCGGAUGCCUUGUGGGACGCCUUGCAAGAGCGCAAAUUUGAAGUUGGCAGCCACAAGACCCUGGACUUGAAGAAGCAAUUGCUCCUGGCCCAUUGGGGCGGUUUUGCAUGGGAGGUGGUGGCGCGCCUGCAACAGUUACGUGCUGCGCUUGAAGCGAAGAAAGCCAACAAGAUGUUGUACUUGAUUCAAGCCAUUGAUCGACCCACUGGUGGCCAAGCUCUCAGCAAAGAGCAAACGUUGUCGGCUCUGCAAGUGGUCAACAUGACAAACACGGGCUAUUUGAUUGGCAUGUGUCCUGUGUUCGAGGGUAUGCAGGCCCGCGUCACCUGCGUCCUCAAGGAGCCUAUGUUGACGAGAGAAUUGCCGGUCACCAUUCGACAAGUACAACUGCAUCCUCGUGAGCAAGGCAUC